GUGCUCUUUUUAUAGGUGUAGUGUAUUCUCAUUCGGAUCGACUAAACUGGGCAACCGAGCCUCAUGUCACAUGUGCUUCAUAGGAAGAAGCUGGGCAUCUGCAAGCUGGAUCUGGAGGAGGAUGCUGCGGCAAAUGAUACACAGAGGGCUCAAAGCUUCUUUCUACUGGCUGGGCUUAUUUGUUAGUAGGCAUCCGGUUUUUUUCCUCACCGUUCCCGCAGUCUUAACCAUCAUUUUCGGAUCUACCGUCCUGAGCAGAUUCAAGCCCGAAACGGACAUCGAGAUACUGGUUGCCCCGACACACAGCUUUGCGAAAGUAGAGCGGAGUCUUGCGAACAGCCUUUUCCCCAUCGACCAGUCAAAAAACAAGCUGUAUUCCGACCUGCACACCCCCGGCAGAUAUGGCAGACUGAUUCUGCUGGCCAAGUCUGGGGGAAAUAUACUGGAGCUAGCCGACCAGGUCCUGCAGGUUCACAAGCAGGUGCUGGAUUUGCGGGAUGGUCGUGUGUCCUUCAUCGGCCACCAGCUGGGUGGAGUGGCCUUCUCGCCCAACAGCCGAGACCAGCAGGUGAAGUUUGCCCGGGCCAUCCAGAUCACCUACUACCUUCGCAACCAUGGCCCCGUGGUGCAGGACGUCAUUGCAGAGAAGUGGGAGAAUGCCUUCUGCACCCUCAUCACACGCCUGUCCACGCUCAGCGAGGACCUGCACAUCCAGUCUCUCACCUCCUUCAGCCUGUGGAGGGACUUCCACCAGACGGGAGUGCUGGCCAAAGGGGAGGUGCUGGUCAGCCUAGUGCUCCUUCUGCUGGCGGCCACCAUCUCCAGCUCAAUGAGGGACUGCCUGAGGGGAAAGCCCUUCCUGGGUCUGCUGGGUGUGCUCACAAUAGCCAUCGCCAACGUGACCUCCGCUGGUAUCUUCUUCAUCUCCGACGGGAAGUUUAACUCCACGCUGCUGGGGAUCCCAUUCUUCUCCAUGGGUCAUGGAACCAAAGGAGUGUUUGAGCUCCUGGCGGGCUGGCGAAGAACUCGAGAAAGCCUUCCCUUCAAGGAACGCGUGGCAGACGCCUUCGCCGACGUGAUGGUGUGCUAUACCAUGACCAGUUCCCUCUACAUCAUCACCUUCGGCAUGGGUGCCAGCCCCUUUACCAACAUUGAGUCGGUGAAGAUCUUCUGCCAGAGCAUGUGCGUGGCCGUCCUGGUCAACUACUUCUACGUGUUCUCCUUCUACGGUUCCUGCUUGGUGUUCGCUGGUCAGCUGGAGCAGAACCGCUACCACAGUGUGUUCUGCUGUAAGAUCCCCUCAGUGGAGUACCUGGACCGCCAGCCCACCUGGUUCAAGACCAUGAUGAGCGACGGCCAUGACCACGUCACGCACCACGAGGUCGUGCCCUACCACAACCACUUCAUCCAGCACUUCCUGAGGGAGCACUACACGGAGUGGAUCACCAACACCUACGUCAAGCCCUUCGUGGUCAUCCUCUACCUGAUCUACGCCUCCUUCUCCUUCAUGGGAUGUUUACAAAUCAGUGAUGGAUCCAACAUCGUCAACCUCCUAGCCAGCAACACGCCCAGUGUGUCCUACGCCACGACCCAGCAGAAGUACUUCAGUAACUACAGCCCCGUGAUCGGCUUCUACAUCUAUGAGCCCAUCGAGUACUGGAACUCCACGGUGCAGGAGCACCUCACAACGCUGAGCCACGGCUUCAACAAGAUCUCCUGGAUGGAUAACUACUUUCAGUAUCUGAAGGUGGUGAAUGUGAGCGCCUCGACCAAAAGUGAUUUCAUCACCAUCCUGCAGGGCUCCUUCCUGCGCAGCCCGGAGUAUCAGCACUUCAUGGAGGACAUCAUUCUGUCCAAGACAGAUGGGGAUGAAAUGGAGAUCAUCGCGUCCAGGAUGUACCUGGUGGCGCGGACCACGGAGAAGACGCGGGAGGAAGUGGUAGAACUGCUGGAGAGGCUCCGCCCCCUUUCGCUCAUCAACAACAUCAAGUUCAUCGUCUUCAACCCCACCUUCGUCUACAUGGACCGUUACAGCUCCUCUGUGGUCUCACCCAUUCUCACAUCGGCCUUCAGCGUGCUCACCAUCCUCAUCCUCACCUUCUUCCUGGUCAUCAACCCUCUGGGGAACUUCUGGUUGAUCCUGACCGUCACCUCCGUAGAGCUGGGUGUCCUGGGCCUCAUGACCCUCUGGAAUGUACACAUGGACAGCAUCUCUAUCCUGUGCCUUAUUUAUACUCUCAACUUUGCCAUGGAUCACUGUGCACCCCACCUGUACACCUUCGUACUGGCCACGGAGCACACCAGGACCCAGUGCAUUAAGAUCUCGUUAGAGGAGCACGGGGCGGCCAUUUUGCAAAACGCCUGCUGUUUCGUUAUCGGGAUGUUGCCCUUGGUGUUUGUGCCUUCCAACCUGACCUACACGCUGUUCAAGUGCUCCCUCCUCACCGCAGGCUGCACAGUGCUGCACUGUUUCGUCAUCCUGCCUGUGUUUCUAACGUUUUUUCCCCCAUCAAAAAAAAGGCACAAGAAGAAAAAACGGGCAAAACGGAAAGAGUCAGAGCCCAACUGA